CCGUAGUCCAUUGGGGACCAGCUGAUUUGAGUUGACAAUAAAAUGUUCCGGUGUAGACAAGCUGUUUUAGCUGGAAAAUCGAAAAAAAUUCGUGCGGUUUUUGCUAAAAACAUCUAAAAGUUGCCGAAUUCGUUUCGGUAAUAAUGGAAAAUCCAAUAUGGACUACGGAAUAUCAGCAAUCUGUGCCGACAGAUCUCGAAAGGACGGGGAAUGAUUUAAACAAUGGUACCACAGAAAAUGGAGAGGACGGCGAAUGCUCCAAAAAGUCGGACAAAGAAGAUGCGAAGGAUUUUGUGGAAAAUGAGCUCCAGAAAGAUUCUGGACCUAUCAAAAUCACCAUUAGCGAGAAGGCGAAACAAAUUAUACAUUCAAUAUCGGAACAGAUCAAACCACUGUCUCAGGUAGAAAAAUUUCUUCUAUUUUUGAAACUGCCUGCAGAAGUAACAAGCGCCGUAGAUCCAUUUAGGCAACCUCUAAAUCCUCUUGGUAGCAGAUCAGAAAUUACAAGAACAAUAUCAUGGAUUAAAACACAUUUAGAAGAAGAUCCUGAUAUAUCUUUGCCGAAACAGGAAGUUUAUAAUGAAUACCAUAAUUACUGUGGACGGAACAGCAUAAAACCUCUAUCACAGGCGGAUUUUGGAAAAGUUAUGAAACAAGUAUAUCCUAGGGUGAGGGCUAGAAGAUUGGGCACAAGAGGGAAUUCUAGGUACUGCUAUUCUGGACUUAGAAGAUGUGCGGUUUUAAAGUCGCCAGUUUUGCCGGAUUUGGCGGACAAACUAAUGUCCACAGAGGCUCCGUUUACUCAGUCGAGCCUUGCUUCGGCGGCAUGGUUAAUAGUUAAAGAAUGGGCAGAAAAAUUGUUGAACCAAGAGUUUUCUACUAUACAAGCUCUAGCGUAUUUUUUAAUUUUGAACCACUCAAUUGGCACUGGAUCGGAAGCUGCUUCUAAGAUAACUUCGGCUGGAGAAGCAUCUUUAAAAGAAGAAGGCAGUGAGAAAGUUCCAAAUAAACACAGAGAACUGCAGCUUCAGCUACAAAGAAAAAUCCAACAAAAGAAUGAAGGGAAAGAAAAGAAGAAAAGAACGCAGUCACCAAAAUCUGAGCAAAAACCCAAUAUGAAGAAAUCUCGUUCGCAAAGCGUUCCCGCCCAAAACAUAACGUCGAACUUCUCUCCGACAACAUCAGCAACAACGAUCAAUGGCGGUGCCAAUUCGAGUUCGAUGGGUGGAGAAUGCGGGAGCAGCAGCACUGCCAGCAGCAGCACCAGCACAAGUCCCACUCAGGCUAAACCUAUCUGUGAUAAAUCACUAGAUUUCACUCAGCUACCAGUGUUACCUGACUUCAACAGUUUCCAGAAGCCGGCAGCGGAAGGUGUGAUAGGCACUACGAGACAGGAACCGCAAUUGGUGUUGACGAACAAGAUUUCGAUAACUCGACUCGCGCCAUCUAGCGUCCAAUCCUGUACAACUAACGUGCCCUCCUCACCGAUAAGGAAGCAACCAAAGUACAAAACGCUCCGGCCCAGACUGCAACAAUGUGAUAUUGUGUCGUACAACCCUCCGCCUCUGCCGACAACGCAACUGCCACUGCCAGAGGUCGAGGACCAUAGAUCUCAACAUAUACCUGAUAUAGCUAGGAUUAAGGAAAAAACUAGUGAUGAAGAAUGUGAUGUUCCUGAUUUUCCCCUCACCAGAGAAAGACUUAAUAGCGUCAGUAAUGUAUCCAAAGAUGCCAUGGAUGAAUAUUUGGGUACAAAUAAUAGUCAGCACGAAGAAGAACUCUCCAAAUACUUCAGCAACAGUAACGCCACGGCAGCGACAGAAUCAGAAGACACAUCUAAAUUGUCAACUUUAAGACAGCUGCUUGUUCAAAACAUAGGGGACACUAAACCAUCAGUACCUGCAAUUUUCAACAGCAAAAAUGUUGCUUUCACAAGCAACUGUCUGAAUCAAAUGCCAGUACAAACUGAUCUUAAUUUCAAACCGCAACUAACGCCGCAUGGAAGUUUAACAAAUAUAUCGACUAGCAUUAAAAGACGGGUGAGUUUCGAGACUCCUUUGUCCGAGGAUUCUGUGCCGGCUAGUCCGAAUACCAGAAGGAAAAAUUUCAGUUUCACUCCGAUAUCGCCUGGUCCACAAUCUCCCAGCGGUAUGCAUUCAAAGUGUUCUAGUACAUCGGCUAGUCCCUUUGUGAGCCCUAGAAAUACACCGGUAUCGAGGAAUAAACUUGUAACGACGAGCAUUCUUAAAAAUGAAGGAAAGAAAUCUUUAAAAGUCAAAAGAGAAAUUGACCUCACUGUAGAGAUUCCCAACGACAGUCAAUUUUGUAAUAAUUUGCUUCCUAUGUCGGCUCCAGUCAGUCCGAUGCUUAGCAAUAAAUCUGUUUUGCAAAAGUUGCUAAAUUCUACUAGUAAAGUCGCUUACAAUCCCAGUUAUUCUACUCUAAGAAGCUUUCCUCUUCAGCCUGAUAGUUCUCCGGAAAUGACUCAGUUUUUAAACUCGAACGUAGAGUCAAACUUAGAAGGUUACAGAUCUAGGUCUGUACCGUUACACAACAUGAUUGCACCAAUUCAAAACGUGUUGUCAAGUUCUAACGACUUUUCCGAAAUCGACCCUAUUCCGGAGUCGGACAGCGAGAACGUCAAACAACUAUUAAAAUCAUUGGAACCGCCUAAUAAUGAUAUAAUGGACGAAAUAUCUUCAAAUAAUAACGUAAAUUUACGAGAAUUCGGAUUUCAAUUGAUAUCUAACAUGGACGUCAACGAUUUUCCUCAAACGCAACAAGAAUUCGGUUCGCAAAGAAUGAUGCGUUCUCAAAGUAUGGGCGGAGAAGUAAGCAUACCUUCUAUAUCAUCUCUCCCUUCUAGGUCUGUGCCUAGUACUCCAGUACCAUUUAUUAAACCGUCGAAAAUUAAUUAUAACAACUCGCGAUCGUAUCCUUCGACUCCGUUGAAUUCAUCAGAGGCGUUCACUUAUAAUAUUAACGUCAAUGGCGAUUGUUUGUUGAAUGGGCAACCGGUUUUGGACAAUUUAGAUUUGAAUUUCGAAAUGAAUGGUAAUGAAAGCGUGGAACAGAAUUUGAGUCAUGACAAGGAUUUUAGUAUAGAUGAUGACUUCGAUAUGGUAGAGAAUGAUAAUCAGCUGAUCAAUCCGGGAUUGAUAGAAACCAAUUUUAUUGGGAAUAUUGAAUGAAAACAAUUGUUUGAGUUUAGGUACUCGUAGUCUAAAAUCCCGAUUUAAGUCGACUUUAUCUCAUUCUUUUUCCUAAUAAAAAAUAUAUAUUGUAGAAUAUAAUGUAUAAAUAAACACAAUGUGGCAAAGUUGGCGCCUCAUAUUCGCUAUUUUUAAUUAAAGAUUAUUUAAUUAUACAAUUAUACAAAGAAAUUUAACAACAAAAAUGAUACAAUUGAAUAUAAAAAAAAAACGAUAAUAAAAGAAACCUAUUUAAAAUAAUAAAACACUUGUUUAUAAAAAAAAAGAAUUCAAUCAAUCUUGCUAGCUGACUAAUAACGUUUAAUAAAAAAUGAGGCUUAGGUCCAUUUGCACCACUAGUUAAGAAAUAAGCCAAGCUUAAAAUGACAUUUCUCCAUUGACAAUGUCAUUUUAAGCUUCGCUUAUUUCUUUACAACUAGCGGUGCGAAUGGCCCUAAAACACGUAAAAAAUAAAACUCUAUAGUUAUACAUUAAAAAAAUGGCCAUCCAUUGUAGACAGCUAUUAAACCAUAUAGGGCCAUUUGUACUCCUUGUCGAUAAGAACUAAGCGAAGCUUAAAGUGACAUUGUUAAUGGAAAAAUGUCAGUUUAAGCUUGGCUUAUUUCUUAAAGACAAGGGGUGCAAAUAGACCAUAGUAGUUAUAGUUAAGACACCCACAGCCUCCAAGCUUGGGAGUUAUUAUUAAAUAAAAUGAAAGGAUAUAACCCAAAAUAUCCUAUAUUAAUCAUACAGCAAUUCUAAGGGAUCCAAGGAUUUGUCUCUGGGGGUCCCCGGUAAUCCCAAAAGACCGAAAUUCAAAAGGAACUUGCGUAAUUAAUAGAUACAUUAUACAACUGACUAACCAUUAUUUUUCUAUAAACAGAGAAAAAGGAAAAUGUACCGCGGACCAAAAAAAGCCUCAAGCUGAAGAAAACUUAUUAUCAGAGAGCGUAAAAUACCCGACUAAUUAAUUGUUAUAAUUUUCCUUUUAGGUAUGCCCUUUCCAAUCACGGUGGCUCCACCAAAAAGGUAUUCCAUUUAUUGUUUAUAGUUUUGUAACCAGUCAUAUGGCCGCCCCCGAUCAAACUUCAAUCAUGGUUUCCUUAGUUUUUGUCGUGUCUGCAUGAUGCACUUUUUUAAUCAUUACAGUCUAAAUCAGCCAUGCUCAACAUUUUUUUUUUCCUUCAGGCCACAUUUAUAAAAUAUGAUAACCUUUUUUUAGGCCAUCUAUCUAAAAUUAGUUAGUGUGGACCUAUAAUAAAUAAAACACAGUUUUUUGUAUUUUCAAAACUGUGUUUGAUCCUUUCAUCCCUCUGAAUAAAUACUGUGCGAGUUUGGCAUAUAAAUCCAAAUGCCACAUUCGCCCAUUGAUAAAUUAAAUCUAUUUUCCUGGUGAAAUGUAUUUAGGGUAGCCGAAUUUUUCGAUAUAAGUUGUCUAUUAGAAAGUAUGGUUAAAAUUCAAAUUCACCUGUUACCACUAAUACUUUUAUUUACAAAUGUUCACAUAAAGAUUCGCUCGUUACAGCUUGACCAAUCACCCGUUACAUCUUGAUCAAUUCUCGUUCACCACGGAGAUUCUGAUAUCACGUGUUAUUAUCUAAUGGUUGUUGAAGGUUAGCUGUAUCGUAGAAAGAAAGGGUGACGUAAUCAUCCCGUGGAUUUCGGAACAAUCGAGAAAGGCCAGAGAUGGCUCUAGUCAUAACAAAACAAAUGGCUUGGGCACUAUGUUGCGGUAUUUCAACAAACACAUUCAACAAAAAUAAGUAGCGGUAAAUCACUCCCGAAAUACUGGUACCUUCUCACUCAAAAUCAUAGAAUAUUAUGGUCGAAAUCAUCGCCGAAAUCAAUUUGUCGCUCAAAAUCGUAACUGUCGAGAAAAAAGAUCAUCGUUUAAAAUUAAGGUAGAUUUUCAAUGAAAUCACCGAAAUACAGGUACGUUUUGACCUUACUAUCAAAAACAACUUUUUUCAUGUAUAUAAUUUUUUGGGACACACGUAGAUUGCGACAUGCGUUAACAACAAUAUCUGAAUACACUUCCAAAAAAUU